UUGCAGAAAAUGAAUAUAUUACCUAAAAAGAAGUGGCAUGUACGUACAAAGGAGAAUGUUGCACGUGUACGCCGUGAUCAGAAAAGGGCUCGGGAAGAAGAAGCGAGGGUGGCGAAAAGAGCUCAGCUUGCAGAGCAAGAAUAUAAAAUAAAUCUACUGCGUCAAAAUGCGGGAACAAUGGAGACAAUAUAUAGAGGUGGAGGAAGUGGAAUUGAUGACAAUAACGCGCAGUUUACCAAUCCCAGUCAUAUCAAUCUUUUCGCUGAUCUAGAAGCAGAGUACCAGAAGAAUUUUGGCAUAGGAAAUCGAGAUUAUGAACUAGAGAAGAAGAAGGAACAGGAAGAAUAUGAAAAGAAAGUUGGCAUAUUGCAAUACCUUGGACAAGGUUCCAGUGAGUUAACGAAAGAGAAGCCGUGGUAUGAAAAAGUUCCAACAAAGAAGGAAAGUGAGCUCAGAAAAUCGGAAAAUCGAGCAUCUGCUGUUGGAAUGUUUAGCAAACGCGUUGGAAGUCCCUGUGGGAAAGUAGAGAAAAAACAGCAUAAAAGAAGAUAUAGGAAUAAGGAAAUUUGUUAUAAAAAGCGCAAGAAGAAAAGCAGACUUCGUGAUUAUGGUUUAGUGGAAAUAUCGUCAGGUGAAGAAAAGUCAUCGAAUUUGGAAGAAGUUUCAAAGAAGCAGAAGUUGGAAAGGCUAAGACAGGAACGCCUGGAUAGAGAGGAAAAAGAACGGAAGCGUUUAACCAAUCUAUUGAUGCCUUCAGAAAGCAAUAAACAACAAAAGGAGCGAAGUGUUGCGAAAUAUAAUUCACAGUUUAAUCCAGCAUUGGCACGACAGAAUUAAAUCCGUUGAAUUGUAAUUCACUAGCAGAAUUUGUUUGCUAGGCAGUGAUAAGAAUAGUCAUACGAACUUCGUUCAUUCCUUCCCAUCAAUACUUUGAUUGAUGUCUCGUAAAACAUGAGAACAAAACUUGAGACGUGACAAGUCACGACAAAACGUUGUGCCCUUAAAUUUCUUAUUUUCAAGGAUUUUAUUGUUCGCAUAACUUUAUAUAAGGUUGCAAAUCAUUCUAUAAAUUAUCCCCAC